AUGUCCACACCUGCCCUCGUUGCAAAGUCGUGAGUUUUUAUUUCAAAAUUUCAAAAAGUCAAUGAAAGUAGCACUAGCCGAGCCCAGAGAUGCAUUUUCUAUUUUAAUUUAACUUUUUUAAUAAAAGGAACUUUGCAUUUUUGCAGUGACCUCCUGAAACAAAUGCCAUCGUGCUCGUACACAAAUCCGCCAGACCUCGACGCCUUCUCCUGGUCACGAAUUUUCGAAAUCGUAGCCGCCGGCCUUCCGCUUCGAAAAGCCCUAGAGUUCAAGGUGCGAACACACUCUUUUACACAUCAUUGAUCACUUUUUCACCUUCUUAUCAUGUUCUUCAGACCCUGCAUAGCGAGGCCUAUCACGCCGUGAAUCGAGCGUUCCGAAAAGUGACCAAAUUGAAGAUCGAGGUGCUUCAGAAGAAAACCAGCGGUGAGAACAAAGAGCCGACGAUGUAUACUGUUCAGGUAAGGCUCAAAUUUGUGAAAAAAGUGUAUAGCAGAUAUUUCCAGAAAAAUGUUUUACCUAUAAUUCUUAUUUUCAGGGCUCAUCGACUCCAAAUCCAGAAACUGCUAUCGAAAUGGUCCGAUACGUGUUGACACACGCGAAAAUGAUACGCCAAUUGGACAUUUAUUUCGAGGACCACGAUUUGACGGUUUUCAAUCAAUUGAUGGACGUGGUUAUUCAGUCUGGUAAGUUUUUCCAUCAAAUUUCAAACAUAAUCGCUCUGAAACAGCUUAAAACGGCACAAAAAUCAAACAUUUGUAACAGGGACCGCUUAGACUAAAAACUACAUUUUUUGCGCUUCUGUCGUGAAUUUAGAGACUGCUUAGCCUACAGACUAAACUUUUGGAAGCUUAAACAUCUUCAUCAGUUUUUUUUUUCAGAAAACGUUCAACUGGAAUCGUUUCUCGUAAAACGUCGCCAUGCUGGCCAAUCAGUCGUAAAAAUAGGCGAUGUGAUCCGUGCGAACGCCUCAACUCUCCGCGAAGUCUCUCGAAUAGGAAUAACGGAAGCCGCCUACGGAUUCAACGACGAGGUAAGCGUCCUUGGGAAAUUUCGAAUUCCCGCAGAUUUUCGUUCUCAUAAAUCGCCUAGGUCUCGCCGCGAAACGAUGAGAUUUGUUGUUGUUGUCUCGUGUAAAUUGUGCCGAAAAGAAAAUAAUUGAGGAGCAUUUUUUGAAGUGGGUUUUUCGUGUCUGCAAAGCGUUGUCUGUUGUGAAUAAUCCUCAAAAUUGUAGAAAAUUUAAAAAAAAAACGGUGUUUUCAGAUAAAUCUGGAUCGAUUCGGUUGCAUGGUAUUUGACCUCGGUUACCAGCCGUUGCCUAAUCAAAUUCUUCUCAAUAUGAUCAGGUAAACAUUUGUUUUUGAGCAUUUCCUGAAUAACAACAGUUGAUUUCCAGAAUAACCGAAUCGGGCGCUAAAUUCAAAAUGUUCUCCUACACCAGCUUCUCGGGAUACGAUCCGACCGACGAAAUUGUUCAGAAUCUUCUGGACAACGCGCAAGUAGAAGAAAUCAAACUGACGAUGAUGAACCCGCCACAAAUCGCUCCGAGACCCGGAUAUAUGAUUGGAAAGGUACAAAACGCAAAAUGUUCUAAAACUUAAAAAUCUAAUUUUUUAGGUCCGUAGUGUGAAAAGCAUAAUUCUCGUCGAAGUCGUGCCGGGACCGCGAAGAUUCAACAGAAUGUACGCGUCUCGAGACAUUUUCGAAAAAGUUUUUCCGAAUUGCCACCACAAUAUACAAUUUUUGCAUCAAUUCUAA